CUCCAAGCCCCCAAAAUUCAACACCAACACCAACACCAACAAUCCCCCCUCCCACGAUCCAAGAGGGGCUCUAACCCCUCAAUGCAACAAACACCCCAAUAACGCCCCUCACGAAAUCCAACAAGAAAACCUCCACCUGUCAACCUCUCAACCACCGAACCCAACCCAACCCCAAGAAAACAAGUAAAAAAAGACACCAGAGCAAAAAGAAAAAAUGCACACCUCCGGGCUAACAAACACACCCCUAACGAAAACCCUCCUAAUCUACACCCUCGCCUCCUCCAUCGCCCUCUCCAUCCUCGACAUCAAGCACCUGGCCCCGAUCCACGUCUCCCCGCAUUUCUGGCCCUACGGCCAAUUCUGGCGCGCCCUGCUAUGGCAAGUCGCGGGGUUCACCAAUUCCACGGAGGCGCUGUUCGCCGCCAUGCUGGUGUACCAGUUACGGGUUAUUGAGCGCGCGUGGGGAGCGAGGAAGAUGGCGACCUUCCUCCUAACAACCUUCCCCUACACAACCCUCCUCCCUCCCCUCCUCCUGACGAUCCUCCUGCGUCCGCUCUCGCUCACAAAACUAAAUUACCUGCCUUCCGGGCCCACGGCGACCAUCUUCGCCUUGCUGGCGCAAUACCACUUCUCCAUCCCGCAUACGUUCCGCUACCGCAUCGCGACGUCGAGCUCCAAGCCCGCGGAUGACGACGCAACGGCGCAGUCGGCGGGGAAGUCCCUGACCUUGCUUUUCUCGGAUAAGUCGACGACGUAUCUGGUCGCGGCGCAGUUGGCGCUGUCGCAGUUUCCCGGGGCGCUGUUGCCGGCUGUUGUUGGGUGGUUUGUGGGGUUGGCGUGGCGCAUGGAGAUAUUGCCUGGUGUGGGUGCGCGGUGGAGGGUGCCGGCUUGGGUUGUGGGUGAGAAGGAGAGGACGAGGACGGUUGGGCCUUCGGGUGGGGAGGAGAGGUAUGAGGAUUUGAGGCGGAGGUUGGAGGGCGAGGCUGCUGCUGCGGUGGCCGAGGCGAGUGGUUCUUCUGCGGGACAGGGUUCGGGGGUUGGGUUGAGACAAGGGAGGAGGGUUUGAGACGUGCAGAAGGUAAUGAGUGUUUUGAGGUUGAUUUGGUUCUUAACGAGGGUUGGUGGAUGUUGAAACUACCAAGUUUUGCUUCAAUGCCAUUCUAUAUAUCCCUUUUAUGU